AUAUUCUUUGCGCGCCAAAUAACAGGUUUUCCUGACAGAGUUGCCAGUGGCCAGUACGAGAUAGUUAGCAUCUGUGAACGGACGCGGACAGCGUCCAAUCGGCCGAUGUGAAGCAAUAUUGUUUACGUUAUAAAAUGCUUUGGUGCUUGACAAUUUUCCUGUUGGUGAGUCGCGCGGUCGCACAGAGCAAUGAGGGCGACUCCUGCGUGGACCAGUACACGAACACCGUGGGAACCUGCACCCUGGCUGACCGCUGCAAGACAGCUAAAGAAGACUUCCAGAAAAACGGCAUAAGCCCAACUUUCUGCAAAUACAGCGCGUUCGGCAGUCCAGUAAUAUGUUGCAAGGACCACUCCAACAUAUUGCAAGCUGCGCCGGCGCCGAGCAAUGACGGACCACCAGUUUGGGGUUCCGGCUCCGACACCAGGAGAGUGAGUGAACGAAAGUGCGAGCAGUACAGCCGAGGUGUGACAGAGAAAGUGGACUUCAUACCGUUGGUGCCAAACCCCGAAACCAUGUCGAUAUCGUCAGCCAAGUGCGAAUAUUCCGGUGUAGAACUCAUAGUGGGCGGAGAGAAGGCGAACCAGGGUGAAUUCCCGCACAUGGCGGCGAUAGGCUUCACCAAUUUCGACGGUGGUUAUAACUUCAGCUGUGGAGGUAGCCUCAUCAGUCCUCGCUUCGUGCUGACAGCCGGCCAUUGCAUCAGGGACCCUAAUGCCAGAAACCCAGAGCCGGUCAUUGUGAGACUUGGAGAUCAGAACAUAGACCCAAGUGUGAACGAUGGAGCUAGUCCUGUUGAUGUGCCAAUAAAAAAAAUCCACAAGCACCCUGAGUAUAAACCGCCAUCGAGGUACAACGAUAUUGCGCUGAUGGAACUGAACACAGACGUGGAAUUCGAGUCAGCCAUACGGCCAGCCUGCUUGUGGCGUCAAGGCAGUUUCGGGGGUCAUACAAAGGCCGUCGCCACUGGAUGGGGAGUUAUCGAUCCUGAUACCAGAGAACUAGCAAAAGAGUUGCAAAAGGUCUCGCUCAGUCUGUUCGGCGACGCUGACUGCGACGCUAGACUCAUGAACACUAGAUAUCGCCAUUGGAAAGGCCUCUCUGCGGGGCAAAUGUGCGCCGGUGAACUGAGAGGAGGGAAGGACACUUGUCAGGGCGAUUCCGGUUCCCCGCUGCAAAUAGCGUCAAAGGAAAAUCAAUGUAUAUUCCAUAUAAUCGGCAUUACUUCAUUUGGUAAACAGUGCGCCAAGAGCGGUCUACCUGCUGUUUAUACUAGAGUGUCCAGUUAUUUAGACUGGAUUGAAGGAAUUGUCUGGCCUGGAGAAUAAAAUAUUAAAUAUCUAUUUUUUUAAUGUA